GAGGAAAGUCUGCCGAGUGCUAUGGCUAACAUGCUAAGUCUUAUGAACGCCAGUGGUUCAGUUAUCGAAUAAAACCACAACUGUAGUUUGUAUUUUUAAUGCAUUGUACGGAACAGGCGUGGGCUUCUGGAGCAUUAGGUGACGCCGGGAUAGUGUUGUGUUGCAAAAUCGUCGUCGUACAUUGAAGCUAAUGUUGUGACUUGCUAGCUGCUUUGAAAGGGGCCACUUGUCAAACAGCAGCUGAUGCGAACAUUUGGAUUGUCGCCUUAUAAAUUGGUUAGCUUAUCGUGCAUUAAUAAUAUUAUGCAUCACGUCAAGAUCAAGACCGAACGGCCAGAUGCGGACGGCACCGUUGCUCGCAGCCGACUGGAUGACAUUUUAAAGGGGCUUGUGGAGAAGGCUGAAAACAAAAGGGAUCAAAAUGACAGCGACUCUGGAAAAAUAUCGGUGGACACAAUUACCAAGGAGUUGUCCCCAUCAUCUACUGGAAAAAGGCCAUCCGCACGACUCUCACAGCAUCGGCGGAAGAAGCGGAAGGAAAUAGAGGAAACCAUUUCGGAGAGCAAUACACACAGACAAAAUGCUUACAUUAUCAAAUUGUUCGAUCGGAGUGUGGACUUGGCUCAGUUCAACCCCAGCUCCCCUCUUUAUCCUAUUUGUCGUGCCUGGAUGAGAAAUAAUCCCGCAGUCCGAGAGCCCGGUGAAGGAUACCCGAGAUCUCCAGUCAUUCUCGAGGAAGAGGUUCCAGACAUGAUCAAUGGCAAAGAACAAAAUGUAUACAGACUCCCUCUUCCAACAGCGUGUGCCGUCAGCACGUCUGGUGAACCUGUCAAUCUCAGGAUUCCACCUACCGAAAAGCCUUCAGUCACCAAGUUAACAGAUUCCAUGCCUGCAUCAGAUUCCAUCAUUAGUGACCACAUGGAGCGUUGGAAAAAGAUCAGACAAAAAUGGAAAGAAUGCUCCAACAAAAACCAGUUGCGUUACAGCGAGAGCAUCAAGAUCCUGAAGGAGAUGAAGGAGCUCUAUGAUCACUAGUUUACAAUGCUGCAAGUCCUCAUUAGCAUGGACACUAUCGAGUGUUAAAUUCAACUUUUAUCCACACUUAGCAGAACAGUAGAACCUUAAGCCUUAAACAGACCAUAUUUUCUAUGUUAUACAGCAAUUUCAUCAGUGGGGGAUAUUUGGUGUGGAACAGUUUGCAUUUCAAUACAUAAAAUUGUUAACUGUUGACAA